AUGGAUUCAGAAUAUCAAGGUUUAUUAAAUAGCAAGGAAAGAGAAGAUGAAUCUAAUAGGGCACAUAUAGCUGAAAAAGUGGAAAAAGGGGGAGAAAAAAUUGAAAAUACUUUAAUGAAAUUAAAUGUGAGAUAUCAAACAUUAUUUUUUUCAUCUGGUGUUAUGACUGUUUUAAGUGGAACAAUAUCAUUACUAGAAUCUUUGAGAUAUUUUUAUUUUACUAAUUUUGUAGUCUCUACAUUUUUGAUAAUAAUGGGAUUAAUCAUGAUGAUUUUAGACAUUCCAGGAACACCAAGAUGGGCUGCUAAACAUAGAAUUUUGAUAAGAAAAUACAUCAAAUUCUUAACAAGAUUAACAGGAAAAUCUGUCUGGUUUUUUUUCUUAGGUUCCAUGUCAUGUUUAAAUUUAUGGCCACAUUCAAGAAAUGAAGGAUUUUUUAGGUCAUUUUUGGUGAUUUUAUUUAGCACUUUUAUUUUAGUUGUAUCUGUUGUUGGAUUUUUAAUAGCUUUAAGAAAAUCAUUACGAUUAGAAAAAUUGAAAAAAACGAUAAAGUUGGUUUCAAAAGGAGCUUAUAUUGAUUGCUAUAGAAAAUAUAGUGUAGCUGAUCCUGAUCAUGGAAUGCAAUUUGAAGAAUUUAAUAGGAUGUGUUCUGAUCAUACAAAUGGUUAUAUUUAUUUUGAUUUUUUAGAUUUAUUUAUUAUUUUUAAUGCAUUAGAUGAACAUCAAAAAUGUUCUAUAAAUGAAAGAGAAUUCUUAGAAUGGAUAAAUGGACCAGUAACUUAUUUAUGA